AACAAAACACAGCUUUCUUCCUUCACCCUCCCACUUGGGGCUAAUGCACAGGCACGAACAUCUAUGAGGAAAACCGCACACACACACCAAAAAAACCCUUCAAAACAGCUGCAACGGGAAAAAGCAAAGUUUUGUCCCACAGGCAGUAGGCCACUAGUUUAUGAGCUUCCAGGCACCUGAGUUCUGGCUGAGAUGAAGGUUCUGUGCCCUGUGACACUGCUCCUGUCCCUGCUUGCGCCUCUCAUCAAGCCAGCACCAUCAAUUCAGCAGGACUCAGCAAUCACCUUCGACUAUGCAGCAGACCACUUGGAAGAAGCCACAUUUACCCAAGAUGAUGAGAAUAAAUACCCGCAUGGAAAAUAUCUCAAGGAAAAACAAACAGGGGUAAGAAUGGUGAAGAGAAGCUUUGAAUUACAAAAUGAUAUGAUUAUACCCGAACCUCCUAAGAAAGAAAGUGAUGAAAUGCCCACAUGCCUGCUAUGUGUCUGUCUGAGUGGCUCUGUGUACUGUGAAGAAGUUGACAUUGAUGCUGUACCACCCUUGCCCAAGGAAUCAGCCUAUCUUUAUGCACGAUUCAACAAAAUUAAAAAGCUGACAGCCAAAGAUUUUGCAGACAUGCCUAACCUAAGAAGGCUCGAUUUCACGGGAAAUUUAAUAGAAGAUAUAGAAGAUGGAACUUUCUCAAAACUUUCCCUUUUAGAAGAACUUUCACUUGCUGAAAAUCAGCUACUGAAACUUCCAGUUCUUCCUCCCAAACUCACUUUAUUUAAUGCAAAAAACAAUAAAAUCAAGAGUCGGGGAAUCAAAGCAAACACUUUCAAAAAACUGAAUAAUCUCUCCUUCCUCUACUUGGACCACAACGCCCUAGAAUCUGUGCCUCCUAAUUUACCAGAAAGUUUGCGUGUAAUUCACCUUCAGUUUAACAACAUAACGUCAAUUACUGAUGAUACAUUCUGCAAGGCUAACGACACUCGUUACAUAAGGAACCGCAUUGAGGAGAUACGGUUGGAGGGCAAUCCGAUACUGCUUGGGAAGCAUCCAAACAGCUUUAUUUGUCUGAAAAGAUUACCCAUAGGGACAUACUCUUAACCAUGAUCAGCGCAGCAUAUAAACAGGAAUAUUCACAAUCUAUCUCAACAACGUCUAAAAGAGUACAAGUAUUGGCUUAAUAUUAACCUUGUAUUUCACUA